AACCAAGAGUGGAGUGACACCGCAUUUUCCCAUCAUUCAGCGGGGCGUCAUGGCGGACACUAGAGAAAAAGCGCUGCAGGACUACAGGAAGAAAUUGCUGGAACACAAAGAAGUUGAUGGGCGACUAAAAGAAUUGAGAGAGCAGCUGCGAGAACAGACCAAACAGUACGAGAAAUCGGAGAAUGAUCUCAAGGCUCUCCAAAGCGUCGGUCAGAUUGUUGGAGAAGUGCUCAAACAACUCACUGAGGAGAAAUUCAUUGUAAAGGCUACCAAUGGACCCCGAUAUGUGGUUGGAUGUCGCAGGCAGUUGGACAAAUCCCAGCUGAAGCCGGGGACCAGAGUGGCUCUGGACAUGACUACGCUUACUAUCAUGAGGUACCUGCCCAGGGAGGUGGACCCUCUGGUGUACAACAUGUCCCAUGAGGACCCUGGCAGCGUCUCCUAUUCUGAGAUCGGAGGCUUGUCUGAACAGAUCCGUGAGCUGAGAGAGGUUAUUGAGCUCCCACUGACCAACCCAGAGCUUUUCCAGAGAGUUGGCAUCAUUCCUCCUAAAGGCUGUCUGCUGUAUGGGCCCCCAGGCACUGGAAAAACUCUUCUUGCUAGAGCUGUGGCCAGUCAACUGGACUGCAAUUUCCUGAAGGUGGUGUCCAGCUCCAUUGUGGACAAGUACAUUGGUGAGAGUGCCAGGCUGAUCAGAGAAAUGUUCAACUAUGCCAGGGACCACCAGCCAUGCAUCAUCUUCAUGGAUGAGAUUGAUGCCAUUGGUGGCCGACGUUUCUCAGAGGGAACCUCAGCUGACAGAGAGAUUCAGAGGACUUUGAUGGAGCUGUUGAAUCAGAUGGACGGCUUCGACACAUUGCACAGAGUCAAGAUGAUCAUGGCCACCAACAGACCUGACACUCUCGACCCUGCCCUGCUGCGGCCUGGCAGACUGGACCGCAAAAUUCACAUUGAACUGCCCAAUGAGCAGGCUCGUCUUGACAUCCUUAAGAUUCACUCCAGUCCUAUCACCAAGCACGGAGAAAUAGAUUUUGAAGCCAUUGUGAAGCUGUCAGAUGGUUUCAAUGGAGCUGACCUGAGAAACGUGUGCACAGAAGCAGGGUUAUUUGCCAUCCGCUCAGAUCGUGAGUACGUAACUCAGGAGGACUUUAUGAAGGCCGUCAGGAAGGUGGCGGACUCAAAGAAGCUUGAGUCUAAGCUGGACUACAAACCUGUAUAACUUGUCUGUCCUUUUCUUUAUUUUUUAUUCCUCUGUCAUGGAUUUGCUGUGUUAAAGUUUGUUUGUUGGGAAGCGGUAUUAAAAGAAAAAGGAAAAAAAAUCCCUCCACCUUCAAGAUUGCCAAAAGUGACUUUCAUAGUGAUGUUACCUGCUGUUUCCACUUAUUAGUCGAACCCGCCUCAGUGUUUACACCACAUGAAAGAGGCUCUGUCUUAUAAUCCACACUUGUAUAAAACGGCUUUCUGUCCACAAAUACAACUGUUGCCGAAGCUGUGUUUUAUUUC